CACAAACAAAAUAAAAACCCUUUCUUCUCCCGCUCUCUCCCCUUCUUGAAUUUAUUCAUUCUUCUUCUUCUUCUUCUUCUUCUUCUCAUCAUCCUCAAAUGUAACAAACAAACACCACAACAUUUUAUUAUCUUCUAGUCUAGAGAAAAGUGUGUUUGUGUGUGUGUGUGAUUUCCCUCUCUGAAAUAUGAACAUGAAUAUCAAUAUGGAUACCCCAGAGAGGAACCAGAUCAACACCACCCUCUCUAAGUUCGAGGAUUCACCAGUAUUCAACUAUAUCAACAAUUUAUCUCCUAUAAAGCCAGUUAAAUCUGCUCACAUAACUCAGACUUUCAAUUCACUUAGCUUUUCAUCGCCUCCGUCUGUUUUCGCAUCGCCUCAUGUUACCUCUCUCAAGGAGUCUAGAUUCCUACGCAGACAUAACCAGCCGGAAGAAUCAAAGGCUAAAGAUUCAUAUGAAGAUGUAAAUAAAUUGUACUCAAAUGAUGGGGCUAUUGAAGAGCCUACUCUUUCGCGUCAUAACUCGAGGGAAUUGGAUGAAAGUGCUGAACAACUGAUUUCAGUAGGAGAUGUUUCUAUUGAGCUAUCUAAUGAAGAAACGAAAUUUACCGAUGAGCUACCACAAUCAUUACAGUAUAAUUGUGGUAGUCCUGGUUAUGAUCCUACACUUUGUGGUGAUGAGGAUAACACACUUUUGGAAUUGUCUGGUGAAGCCGUAUCAGAUGAUGCAUAUCCUCAGGGAGGUUGUGUAACAGAUUCAGUUGAGGCUGAAUUGCAUUUUCAAGGCACAAGUCAGAUCGAUCGAAAGGGUGAAAGUUCAGACUGUGAUUGGGAUGGUUUAAUUCCCAAUUCUGCUAAUAUGUUAAUUGAAGCAGAAGCUUUUAAGGGUAUGAUGCAGAAAUCAUCAGGCUCUCCUAUACGACUCAGCGAUUUUGUCCCCCUGCUACAACAAUGUACCAGGAAUGAUGAUCAGAAGAUUUACAUGGUUGAUUCAGUUGCUUCUAGUUCUCAACAUGAAAUUGAAAAUCAUUGUUCUGAGCUAGUAGCCGCAACGGACACUGACCAUACACAGGACAAUCUUGCCAAUGGUUCUUCGAUGACCGGCAAUUCAAAUGAGAAAAUGGAUAAUGAGCUUGUUUCUGUCACACACCGUGGUAUUCGGAGGCGCUGUCUUGACUUUGAGAUGGCCAGUGUGCGAAGGAAGAUUGCAGAUGAUAAUUCAAACACCAACUCUAGUACACAACAGUCUGAAACAAUGAAUGCUGCUAAUGAAAACCAAUUGCUCCCUGCAAAACGCAACGCAAAUUCACAAAGGUGCAUUUUGCCGGGUAUCGGUUUACACUUGAAUGCACUUGCUUCCGUAAAGGAUCACAAAGGCAAAGAAAUUGAAAAUUUGACUUCUGGAAGACAACUCAGCCUGACCAGCUCUACAUCAUUGCUACUCUCUGCAUGCCAAGAACAUCAGCAUCUAUCGGUCGUAUCUGUAUCAAUAUCAUCUGAAAGAGAAUUGGUCCCAUCUGACAACGGGGUUCAGCCUACCGAAGAUUGUCCCCAGCCAAUAGCUUACAUGGCUACUGAAGAUUUCAAUCAGAAUAGCCCCAAAAAGAAAAGGCGUAAGUCAGAGCCAGUCGGAGAAAUUGAGGGCUGCAAACGUUGUAAUUGCAAGAAAUCAAAGUGCUUGAAGCUUUAUUGUGAGUGUUUUGCUGCUGGUGUCUACUGCAUAGAACCUUGCUCCUGUCAAGAAUGCUUCAACAAACCUAUCCAUGAAGAUACCGUUCUUCAAACUCGCAAGCAAAUUGAAUCCCGCAACCCUCUUGCAUUUGCUCCUAAAGUCAUCCGAAGUGCUGAUUCUGUGCCUGAAACUGGGAUUGACCCAAACAAAACUCCAGCUUCAGCACGCCAUAAAAGAGGAUGCAACUGCAAAAAAUCAAACUGCCUAAAGAAAUAUUGUGAAUGCUAUCAGGGUGGUGUUGGUUGCUCCAUUAGCUGCAGAUGUGAAGGGUGCAAGAACGCAUUUGGUAGAAAGGAUGGUUCUGCUUCUAUAGGGAUAGAAGGCGAGACAGAAGAAGAAACAGAAACUAGUGACAAGGGUGCAGAGGAAAAAGCUAUUCAAAAAACUGAAAUUCAGAAUAUCGAAGAUCAUCCUGAUUCUGCUGGGGUCUCAACACCUUUACGGCUUUCCAGGUCAUUGCUUCCGAUGCCUUUUUCAUCAAAGGGAAAGCCACCAAGAUCUUUUGUUACAACCCUCACUGGUUCUGGAUAUUUGACCAGUCAAAAGCUUGCAAAACCAAAUUCUCUUUGGUCUCAAUCUAAGACUUUUCAGACUGUUCCAGACGAUGAAAUGCCAGAAAUUCUCCGUGGUGGUGAUAGCUCUCCUAUAGCAUGCAUCAAAACUUCAUCUCCAAAUGGCAAAAGGAUCUCUUCGCCUAACUGUGAAAUGGGAUCGUCGCCUAGUCGCAGAGGUGGCAGGAAGUUGAUAUUACAAUCUAUUCCAUCGUUUCCUUCUCUCACACAUCACCCUUAGAAUGGUUACAAUUUUCCCUGUAUGUUAGCCAUCAUCCGUUCCCUGUCUUCAGUUAUGUUUUUAGUUUAUCGCAGCAAAAGUCAUGUUUAGAUUUUAUGUAUAUUGAGUUUGUUUCACUAUGGUAAUAAUAUGUUGUGUGUCAUCCAUAAUGUACUAUUCAAGUAAUGGUUAUAAUAAUUCCCGGGAUUAAUCUUUAAGUUUUCCUGUUGUGAUUUUGGACA